CUUUGCAGAUUCAGUUAGAAGGCGUUGCUCAGUUUUGCAGUGGCAUCCUGAUGUUGCCACACAACUUGUUGUUGCAUCAGAUGAAGAUGGUUCUCCUUCUCUAAGGCUUUGGGAUAUGAGGAAUAUAAUGACACCAAUAAAAGAGUUUGUGGGUCACACCAGAGGUGUUAUUGCAAUGUCAUGGUGUCCAACUGAUAGCUCUUAUUUGAUAACCUGUGGCAAAGAUAGCCGGACCAUAUGCUGGGACACAAUUUCUGGAGAGAUUGCCUGUGAAUUGCCAGCUGGAACCAACUGGAAUUUUGACGUGCACUGGUAUCCAAAGAUCCCGGGAGUGAUAUCAGCAUCCUCCUUUGAUGGAAAAAUUGGCAUAUACAAUAUUAAGGGUUGCCGUCAUCAUGGUGUCGGGGAAAAUGAUUACGGUGCAGUAUCACUUAGAGCUCCAAAAUGGUACAAGUGCCCUGUUGGCGUUUCUUUUGGCUUUGGUGGAAAACUUGUGUCAUUUCAGUCUAAGGCAUCUGCAUCUGGUUCUCAACUUGGACCUUCAGAGGUUUAUGUGCAUAACUUGGUCACUGAAGAUGGUCUAGUCAGUCGAUCCUCUGAAUUUGAAGCUGCAAUUCAAAAUGGUGAAAGGUCUUUGUUGAGAAUUUUAUGUGAUAAAAAAUCUCAGGAAUCAGAAUCUGUGGAGGAUAGGGAAACUUGGGGGUUUUUGAAGGUUAUGUUUGAAGAUGAUGGGACUGCACGCACAAAACUUCUAACACACCUUGGAUUCAACGUACCUAGUGAAGAAAAAGACACAGUUAAUGAUGAUCUUUCCCAAGAAGUAAAUGCUCUUGGACUUGAGGACACUGCUGUUAAUAAUACAGGACAUCUGGCACCUCAUGAAGCACCUUCUUUUUCAUUUGAUAAUGGGGAGGAUUUCUUUAACAAUCUUCCCAGUCCUAAAGCUGAAUCACCCGUAACUACUUCUGUGGGCAACUUUGUUGCUGAGGACACUGCCAAUGGAUCAGAGAAAAUCCAAGAUUCUGUCGAAACAGAGGAGAGCAGUGACCCUUCAUUUGAUGACAGUGUUCAGCGUGCUUUAGUUCUUGGGGAUUACAAGGGUGCAGUUGCGCAGUGCAUAUCUGCAAAUAAAUGGGCCGAUGCCUUGGUUAUUGCUCAUGUUGGUAAUGCUUCCUUGUGGGAAAGUACAAGAGAUCAAUACCUUAAGAUGAUCCGGUCGCCUUACCUAAAGAUUGUAUCAGCAAUGGUGAGCAAUGACCUGUUGAGCCUUGUGAACACUAGGCCUCUCAAAUUUUGGAAAGAAACCCUUGCUCUUCUUUGUAGUUUUGCUCAGAGAGAUGAAUGGACAAUGCUUUGUGACACACUUGCCUCAAAACUCAUGGGGGCUGGCAAUUCGUUAGCUGCAACUCUUUGUUAUAUAUGUGCUGGAAAUAUUGAUAAAACAGUUGAAAUAUGGUCGAGGAGCCUGUCAGCUGAGCAUGAGGGGAAAUCUUAUGUUGAUCUUCUUCAGGAUCUGAUGGAAAAGACUAUUGUUCUUGCCUUGGCAACGGGACAGAAGCAGUUUAGUGCUUCUCUGUGCAAGCUUGUUGAGAAAUAUGCUGAAAUUUUAGCAAGUCAAGGGCUGUUGACCACAGCAAUGGAGUAUUUAAAACUUUUGGGUUCUGAUCAACUAUCACCUGAGCUUGUGGUUUUAAAGGAUCGAAUUGCACGUUCUACAGAACCUGAGAAAGACUUAAAAACUACUGCUUUUGAUAAUUCUCAAUCACACAGUGGAUCCUUUUAUGGUGCUGAUAGCUCUAGUUAUAAUAGAACUUACCAUCAGGAGUCAAUAUCUGCUCAAGUGCCGCAUGGGAUUUCUGGUGUUCAAUAUUCUGAAAACUAUCAACAGCAAUUUGAUCCUAGAUAUGGAAGAGGAUAUGGUGUUCCUACACCACAGCAGCAACCUCAACAACCUAAUUUAUUUGUUCCACCACAGACUGCUCAGGUUCCUCAACCUCCCCAGAUGAACUUCUCGAAUAAUGUUGUCACACCCCCUCCUUUGAGAACUUUCGAUCCUCAUAAUUUUCCGGCACUUAGAAACGUGGAACAAUAUCAGCAGCCCACAUUGGGUUCUCAGUUGUACAAUUCAAGCACCAAUCCGCCUUACCAUUCAGCACCCCCUGCUCCAUCACAUGUGGGUUUAGGUCAUAACCCUAACUUGUCACAGGUUGUGGCCCCUACACCAAAUCCAAUGGGAUUCAUGCCAGUCCCUGGUUCUGGUGGUGUCCAAAGACCUGGAUCAUCGCAACCACCCAGUCCUCCCCACCCUCAACCUGUUCAACCAGCUGCAGCACCCGCAGCGCCACCACCUACUGUGCAAACAGCCGACACUUCAAAAGUACCUGCACACCAAAUGCCGAUUGUUACAACAUUGACAAGGCUUUUCAACGAAACAUCAGAAGCAUUGGGUGGUGCACGUGCAAACCCAGCUAAGAAGCGGGAGAUAGAAGACAAUUCAAAAAGACUCGGUGGAUUGUUUGCCAAAUUGAACAGUGGGGACAUCUCCAAAAAUGCAUCUGAUAAGCUCCUUCAACUUUGUCAGGCGUUAGACAAUGGUGAUUUUGGUACUGCCUUACAAGUUCAGGUUAUUCUUACUACUAGUGAGUGGGAUGAAUGCCAGUCAUGGUUGGGUUCCCUUAAACGAAUGAUCAAGACAAGGCAGAGCGUGAGGCUAAGUUAAAGAAGUUAGAAAUUUCUUUUUCCUUUUCAUGAUUUUGGGAAAAUUUUCAUGUGAUUAGCAUCUUGCAGUAGUGUCCCUUGAUCCUGUCACCCGUGUACACAAGACUACUGUCUAGAUUGCAAGUGCAGGGUUUUGAUUCUAUGCGCACAUCUACAAUUUCUUGCAGUGUCUGCUGCUUUCUUCACAUAGACAGUUAUUAAAAGCGGUUACUGAAGGUAGUUUUCAGGACAUGAUCAGAAAAGAUAUUUAGCAGAUUGUUUUUUCAACCAAUAUUUGUAUUAUGGAGAACACUGUUUUGUUUGUUUGCUCAAAAGAUAUCGGAUGGUUUUUCUUUUACCUCAGCUAUAGAUUGGGUCAGUGUUUCCUUUUCGUUAUUUUCUUUUUAAAGAACAUUGUAUCACAGUAGUCAUAUAAAGUAUUGAUUGGUCGACAAAUGAAUAAUGUAGCAUCAUGUUUAUUUAAUCAUGCAUCAUUGGAUUUUCUUAA